AUGACCUGCAGAAGACGAAAUAGAAUAAAGUCCGAAGUCCCUUCUGCUGCUGUAGAUAACAUUCUCGCUGUCCCAUCUUUUGGUGAAGAAAAUGCCUUGUUUGUCAAAAUCCGGGAUCUCCAGGCUUCAGGACGCUUUCCCCCCUGCCAGCUGCAGGGUGUGACCAUUGUUUCCAGCUCGAAUGUAUCAUCCUCACGGACAGAUCGGCCUCUACUGCUAGAACCAUCCGAAUGUUGGGAUGACACAGUUUCUAACUUAACAGUCUGGCAUGCUUUUCGCAUGUCAAUUGAAUCCAAACAUAAAUUUGAUGUUCUGGAAGAUGGCGUCCUUGUAAAACAAGGGGAAACAGCGAGGGAGUUGGAAUCGUGGAAUCUCGCUGUGACAGCCGCCCUGGUGCAAUGCCUCGGUGAGCCAUCCGAUUUUGCUGAAUUAGAACCGUAUUCCUUGAUGGAAGUCCCUCUCCCUGAGAGUUUAUGGCAUCUGCGGCCCAACCUGCAUCUUCGAAAAACCCUUCAUAUCUUAGAAGACCGCCAUCUGCCUUUGAGGGCGAAUUGCACUUCUGCUGGAACCUUUGCAGAUCUCAAUAUUGAUUAUAACCAUUGCCGUCUAUCACUGCCGAUUGGAGGGUCUUCUGCUAUCUGGCUUCUGUACCCUCCAACCGAAGCUAACUUGCGACAUUUCUACACUGCUCGCAAUGAAUCAAGCCGGCUAUCCAUGAUUUCGCAAGGACUUGAAGGUGGAUAUGCUGUGGAACUUGAUGCUUCAAAAGUCCUAUAUAUUCCGCCUGGCUGGAUUUAUUGCACUUUUACCGCUAAGGGAGGGCUAUUGUUAAAUUCCAACUUUGUCGCUAUCGAGCACUUGGCUCGUGUGUCUCAACAUUGUUGA